AUGGGUAGGCAAAUGCUCGGCUCUUCGAUUUGGAGUCCUCUGCAAGCUCGUUCUCGGGUUUCAAUCGGAUUUUUCUUCAUCUUCCGCUUCUUUCUAGGCCUUCAGAGGUGAUGUGACGAUCACAUAAACCUCCAUGAUAUGCCGUCCAUUUUUCUCUGACGAUGGAUUUAUCGCGGCUUAGGAUGGAUUUUUUUGCGAUUUGUGUCCUUAGUUUGUUUUGUUUGUGAUCGGUGCCUUUCCUUGUAGCGAGGAUUAAACCCCAUGAGCUCCGCACCAAGUCGAAAGCCGACCUACUUAACCAGCUUAACGAUCUGAAGACGGAACUCGCCUUGCUGCGAGUGGCCAAGGUCACUGGAGGCGCCCCCAACAAGCUGUCUAAGAUGUAUGCUUCUUGGUUGCUCUGAAGGUUGCAAGGCUAUACAUCUCCCUCAAUAGCUGAUUUAAUUAUUCUGUGCCAAAUGUUGCUGCAGUAAGGUGGUGAGGCUUUCCAUUGCUCGGGUGCUCACCGUCAUCUCUCAGAAGCAGAAGGCUGCAUUGAGGGAGGCGUACAGCAAGAAGAAGUUCUUGCCGUUGGACCUGAGGCCGAAGAAGACGCGUGCUAUCAGAAAGAGCCUCACCAAACAUCAGGUACUAUUAAAACUGCUUCAUCAGUUGUUGACAGCGUACCCAACAUUUUUAGUUUCAUGUCCUAAUUCGUUAUCUAUGAACACUUGUUGUUUCUUAUACAGUGUCUUUAUAAGAAAAUGUACGAGUCCUCGAUUCUAUAAUUACUUCAGAGGAGAUCCCCACGAUUUAGUUGGGAGGCAACGUACUCAUCUCUUGAUUUCAAUAGUAGCUGUUUGAUUACAGCGUCUGACUUUCUCUAGGUCAUGUGGAUUCUUUGGUAUACAUUCCAGAUGUGAAGUUCAUGUAGGAAAAGGGAAAAAGUCCUUUUCUUCUCGUUAUAGGAUGAAUAAUUUGAUGUCUAGUGAACAAUACGAUAAUAUUCACCUGUCUUGAUAAAUAUCUUUUAAGAUGCACCAGCUGUUUCUGUAAACCCGCGUUAGUCGGCUGAAACGAGUUAAAUCUGUCGCAUUUGGAGGAAAUAGCGUUUCGUGCGUUUGGCAGGCAUGAAUUUAUUUUGGAUAGGAUAGCUAUGUUCGUACGAGACAUUAGAUUUCCGGUUCAUUUAUCAUACUUGCAAGAUGGUAGGACCCCUCCCCCCGGAUCACCUUCCAGGAUGAUAGGAAUUCAUUAGGUUUUUUUUGAGAAACUUUUAAAUCGGCGAAAAUCCUCAUCAUAUAAAUCACUUUUAAUAGGAAUUGGAGUUUAUGUCCUCGAUUUCAGUCAACAAGCCAUUUCCUGCGUCAAGGGUUGAUGCAUAUGUGCAGAUGAUUUACCCAUUAGUCUUACCUGAGGACUUGAUCCUUGAGCGUCAAGUAGUGUAAUUGUAAGAAAGUUUGAUAGAAAAAAUUACUCUGUUCGUUGUGAAACAAAUAUUUCCAACUAUAACACGAUAUUUUGCGACAUUUUUCUUUUCGAACCAGAAUCAAAUAUUUAGAAUUAGAGGAAUUUAUUCGGAUUCAGUAAACAAAUCGUCUUCUUUUUCUUUGUAGUGUUUCUUCUUCUCUUUUUCCAUUUUUCACCAGGUCACUGGUGAUGAACUAGUACGACAGACUUUUCUUGACUAAGAGUCAGGCUAGGUUUGUUUUGGUCGGAUCAAUCCUGUGAAGUUGACUUGACUCUCGAACUAUAUGCUGAUUUUUUUCUUAUAAUUUCGUAUCAUUUCUAAUUGGAGUAAGAAUUGCUGGAACUGUAUUGGUUCAAGCGUUUGCACCGUAGAUUCACGCAUUUUUUUCUGUAGAUAAGUUCUGGGCUAGUUAAGGCGCUGACUUCUUCUUUUUUCUUGAUGUAGUUGUCUUUGAAGACCGAGAGGGAGAAGAAGAGGGAGAUGUACUUCCCCCAGAGGAAAUACGCCAUCAAGGCCUGA